UUUUAAAUCCCCUGUUUUUUCCCAUUUCAUCUCAAUUCGCAAUUUCAAUAUCCAUUCUUCUUCUUCUUCUUCUUCCUCAUCAACAAUGGCAGACCAUAGACUCCCUAAUUUCCUCUUAUCCGUCCGCUUAAAAUACGUCAAACUCGGCUACCAUUACUUAAUCUCCAACGCCAUGUACCUUCUUUUACUCCCUUUCCUCGCCGCCGUCUCUGCUCAUCUCUCCACCUUCCAAUUCCAAGACUUCCUCCAUCUCUGGAACAUCUUCAACUUCAAUCUCCUCUCUGUUACACUCUGUUCUUCCCUCAUCAUUUUCCUUGCUACCCUUUACGUUAUGACCCGACCCAGAAAAGUUUACCUUCUCAAUUUCUCUUGCUACAAGCCUGACCCGGCUAGGACCUGCGACCGAGGGAAGUUUCUCCAUAGAUCGGUGCUCACUGGGAGUUUUACAGAGGAGAACUUGGGGUUUCAAAAGAAGAUUCUCGAGAGGUCGGGUUUGGGGGAAAAGACUUACUUGCCGGAGGCGGUGAUGAGAGUGCCGCCGAACCCUUGUAUGGCGGAGGCGAGGAAGGAGGCAGAGGCUGUUAUGUUUGGUGCUAUUGAUGAGCUUUUGGAGAAGACGGGUGUGAAGGCUAAGGACAUUGGGAUUUUGGUGGUGAAUUGCAGUUUGUUUAAUCCUACUCCUUCUUUGUCUGCUAUGAUUGUUAAUCAUUAUAAGCUUAGAGGAAACAUUCUGAGCUAUAAUCUUGGCGGUAUGGGUUGCAGUGCUGGACUUAUCUCCAUUGAUCUUGCUAAACAACUCUUGCAGGUGCACCCAAAUUCGUAUGCCCUAGUAGUAAGCAUGGAGAACAUCACACUAAACUGGUACUUCGGCAACGACCGAUCUAUGCUAGUCAAAUUGCCUCUUCCNAAUUGCCUCUUCCGAAUGGGCGGCGCCGCCAUCCUUCUCUCAAACCGUCCAUCCGACCGCCGUCGUUCGAAGUACCAACUCAUCCACACCGUCCGAACUCACAAAGGCUCCGACGACAAAUGCUACAAUUGCGUUUUCCAACAAGAAGACGACACCGGCCGCGUCGGCGUCCGUCUCUCCAAAGACCUAAUGGCCGUAGCCGGAGAAGCCCUAAAAACAAACAUCACAACACUCGGCCCACUCGUCCUCCCAAUGUCAGAGCAACUCCUGUUCUUCGCAACACUCGUGGCCAAAAAAAUCUUCAAAAUCAAGAAAAUCAAACCCUACAUCCCCGAUUUCAAGCUCGCAUUCGAACAUUUCUGCAUCCACGCGGGAGGGCGGGCGGUGCUGGAUGAACUGGAGAAGAAUCUUGAUCUGAGCGAAUGGCACAUGGAGCCGUCGAGAAUGACGCUGAACAGAUUUGGGAAUACUUCGAGCAGUUCUUUGUGGUACGAAUUGGCUUAUAGUGAAGCCAAAGGGCGGAUCCGGAAAGGGGACCGGACCUGGCAGAUUGCGUUCGGGUCGGGUUUCAAGUGUAAUAGUGCGGUGUGGCGGGCAUUGAGGACCGUUGAUCCUGCGAAGGAGAAGAAUCCAUGGAUGGAUGAGAUUCAUGAGUUUCCUGUGGAGGUUCCACGAGUGGCCCCCAUUCAUAAACCUUGAAUGAAGGGUUGAUUUGAACAUGAACAACAACAAUAUCAAUAUUCUUUUUUACUUUUUCGGAUUAUUCUUUUUUAGUCUUUUUAAUUUCUUGUUUGGUUUGGCUACUCUUUUUUUAAAAAAUGUUUUUAUCUUUAUGUGGAUGAUUUUGUGUCUUUCUUGUAACUUUUGUCAUACAACCAUUGUUCAUAUUGGAUGGUUCAUUAGUCUAAACAAAGUGUAAUAUUAUUCAUUCACACUUGUCAAGUUAUGGGCCCAUUAUUAUCUUA